AUGAAAUUUCAUGGAUUUGGCAUAAUAAGAGUAGGUCUGGAAUCAUUAAAUAGAAUAGUAUUGGCAGGUGGGAGAUGGAAGAACGUUAAUGUGGAUCUAGAUAGUUGGAUUCCGGGUGUUAAUGGGUUAAUUAAUUGGCAUCAUGAGGAUGUUAAACUGGUAUCUGAUCUGAUAGGAGAUGAUGAAAAGUGGAAUACAACCUUGGUUGAUAACACUUUCCAGCCUGAAAUAGCAAACAAAAUUAAAUCUAUCUAUAUAUCAGAAAAUUCUCAGGAUUCUCUUAUAUGGUUCUGCAAAAGAAAUGGUCAGUUCACUACUAAAUCUGCAUAUAAAUUAAUAUGUCAAGAAAAUCAAAUUAAUGAUGUUACUUGGAUGAAAAUCUGGCACAUGAAAUUACUUCCCAAAGCUGUUCUUUUCGUUUGGAAAUUGUCAGCUGAAGUGUUAAAUUUUAGAUCUAAUUUAUAUGAUAAGCUAGGACAUCCAGAUCCUUGUUGUGUACUAUGUUCAUCGGAUAGUAGAGAGACUGCUAAAAAUUUGUUUGUGGAAUGUUGUUUUACUAGAGCAGUUUGGUUUGGUUUAGGAUUACAGAUCCCAUAUUUCAAUACAAAUUGUUUUGAAUGGGUAAAAACUUGGUUUGACACUCCUUUGAAAGAGUGGAAAGAAAUCUUUGCUAUAAUAUGUUGGAAGAUUUGGAAAUAUAGGAACAUGGUAGCUUUUCAAGCAGUUAAACCAAAUCCACUAGACUAUAUGAAUAUGAUUAGAAAUGCUAUAAAUGAAUGGAACACGGCUUAUAGAAAGGACUCUUCUGGAAAAAUUUCUUCAAGUACUAAUGUUACACAGCUACAGAAGGCUUUUCAGAAGAAUGGAGUUAGUAGAAGCACUCAUAAUUGUAUUCGUGCUGAUGUUUCUUAUGAUUCUGACACAGGAGAAUAUGGAAUUGGGUUAAUACUGAUGUAA